AUGAUUAGCCGGUGGUUCGACGAUGAUAAUAUCACGGGUAUGCACUGCGUGAACUGUACCACCACAACGGCGUCACGGUGGACGUUCGUCCCGCGAUUUCUCUUGGCUAUAAACGCGAUUACCCUACUGCUGAAUAUCGGCGUUCUGGUGCCGUUUGUUGUAUGCCGGCAUCUGCGGUCAUGUUUCGCCGUUUACAUCAUUACGUUACUGUUAGCGAACGUGGUCUUCUGUUUGACCAACAACUGGAUGGUCAUCGUGGACCAGACCACACCCCGCUGGCCGCUGAGCGAGGCCGCCUGCACCCUGCACAUGUACACAUCCUGGGUUUUUGAGGGUGUUACCAUGCACGUCCAUGUCUUGAUCACCCUCAACCGCAUUUGGGCCGUGUACUUCCCGCAUUCCUACCGCAGCAAACACACCGUCCGCGCCGCACUUUUAAUGGUACUCCUAAUGUUCGCGUACGUGCACGUUGUCGCUCUUCCGGGCGUUGUCCUUGACGCCAUAAACCACCGGACGUCGGAAUUCUGCAGCCUGAACACCAACGAAUUACCGCUGUGGACGGCGGUGGUCAUGAUCGUCAUCUAUCUGGGCCCCAUCGGCUUCAUGGGCGGAGCGUAUCCCUUUCUCCUGAUGCGCUACCAGCACCGCCGCCGUGUCAGUAUUGGACCGUCAUUGCAACGCCAGUGGAGGCAGUCCUUAAGUGAGGGACAUUUUAAUUACCGCACCACAGAUCAUCGGCGGGGGUUCUUGGUGCUGACAGCGAUGACGAUUAGCGUGGUGGUGUGUUGGACGCCGCUGCAGGCCUACUUCACCGUGGCGGUGUUUAUUAAUGUGGAUUUGCCGCUGUUACGGCAGGUCGCCUACGGCUUGUAUUCAGUGCAAGGAGCGUUGGAUCCUGUUUUGAUUAUUAUGACCAUGAGGGAUCUACGGCUGACUAUUAAGAAGCAACUGUGUUUUCCAGCAUGCUUCUUUUGA